AUGCCAUCUGGAUUCGGAAGCUCCUCCUACUACGACCGCCAGUCCCGGCAGUCGCCCGCCCUCAUCCGCGCCCGGAAGCCCUACAUCUUCAAGAAUGCCAUCGUCGGGUCUGCCGUGGCAAGCUUCGCCAUCGGAGUCUAUAUCUACACUAUCCGAGCCAUCGGUCAGGACGAGUUCGACGAUGUCAAGGUUCCCGAUGCGCCGAGCCAGCGAGCGAAGUAG